CGUGUCCCUCGCCUCGUGUUCUCCUUCAUCGCCUCUCUACCUCUCGUUCCCUUUUCAGAACUAGAAAGAAAAAGAAAAAGAAAAGGAGAAAGAAAAAGAGAGUCAUGAAAUGGAGGAGGGCGUGGGGGAGUUCAGCAGGGUGCCGGAGGGGUGCAUCGCGCACGUGAUCUCGCUGACGAGCCCACGGGACGCCUGCCGGCUGUCGGUGGUGUCCGCCGCCGCCUCCGACGCCGUCUGGCAGCGCUUCCUCCCGCCCGACUUCCCCUCCAUCCUGUCCCGCGCCGCCGCCGCCGUCGAUCUCGGCUGCUCCUCCAAGAAGGACCUCUUCUUCCGCCUCUGCCACCACCCCCUCCUCCUCCUCCACGCGCCCACCCCCAUCAGCUUUUGGUUGGACAAAUCGAGCGGAGCAAAGUGUUAUAUGCUGUCGGCGAGAGCUCUUCGAUACAUGGGGCGAUACUCCGCAAUAUUGGGUUUGUGA